AGUUUUCGGAAUGAUUCGACUGAAUUAAAAAGUGGAACAAUCGAGCAUACCACGUCAUGGUCGAAAACUAGAACAUGGAUUUUAAGCAUUACUAAAUAGGAAAUACAAAGGAUAAGGACUAGUAGUCAUGUUUUGCGAUCCAUCGGAGGAUUUCUUAAGUGAAAACCAGUACUGGAAUACAACAGACCCAGACUUCUCUGAGUGUUUCCAGAAGACUGUGUUGCUAUGGAUACCAUGUGGUUUCCUGCUUCUGUUGGCCCCGGCUCGUAUCCUCAUCUUACAUCACAGUGAUCACAAACACAUCAUUCCGUGGUCAUGGCGCAGUCGCUCAAAACUGGGGUUGGCCUUUGUGAUUGCAUUACUGGGAGCAUUAGACGUAGGUUGUGGUAUCUACGAACAUUUUAAUGGCACAACGGUCCCGGCAGUUGACUUUGUCUCACCGCUUGUUGUUGUUCUUACUAUGGUUGUGUAUGUACUUGUGGUCCACUUUGAAAGGAAAAAUAGUGUUAGGUCAUCUGGAUUUCUUUUCAAUUUCUGGUUUCUGUUAGUCCUGGUUUCCAUAAUAACCUUCAGGUCUAAGAUUAGAGUAGCUUCAUUGAAGGGUGAAGUUGAGGACAUGUUCCGGUUUGUGACCUUCUAUGUCUUCUUCACAGUUAUUUUGAUACAGCUGGUCAUCUCAACUCUAGUGGACAAACAGCCAGUGGGUGCAGUACCAGUAGAAGAUGAGAACCCCUGUCCAGAGCCCCAUGUCUCGUUUCUGUCCCAGAUUACAUUCUGGUGGUUCUCCAGUUUGGUUGUAUUGGGGUACAAGAGGGCAUUGGAGAAGACCGAUCUAUGGAACCUGAAUCCCUCAGACAAAUGUAAAAAUAUCAUGCCCAAGUUUGACAAACAUCUACAGAAGGAACUCAACAGAUGUAAAAGAGUAAAUGAGGAAACAAGAACUGGUGCAGAAUCCAAUGCUACAGAGGUUGAGAUGAAGGAGAUACGUAAAGAUGGGGACACACCAGAGGUUAAAAUACUAGAACAACAAUGUAGUAAGAAGAAACCACGUCUGUUCUGGGCAAUGGUUAAGACAUUCUGGUUCAAGAGCUUUAUUGCUGCAGUUUACAAGCUGAUAUUUGACGUACUACAGUUUGUCAGCCCUCUCAUUCUCAAAUAUUUGAUAGCUUACACAACAGACAAGAGCCAGGAGACAUGGAAGGGAUACUAUUACUCAGUUUUAAUGUUGGCGGUGGUGCUGUUCCAAUCAGUAGUCUUACAUCAAUACUUCCAGAACUGCACUAUAGUUGGUAUGAGACUGAGAACUGCUAUCAUUGGUGCUGUCUAUGAGAAGAUGUUGAAAUUAUCUACAGCUGCUAGGAGAACCUCUACUGUGGGAGAGAUAGUGAAUCUGAUGUCUGUGGACGCUCAGAGAUUUAACGACAUGAUGACCUACAUCAACAUGAUCUGGUCAGGCCCCGUUCAGAUCACAAUCUCUAUUUACUUCCUAUGGGUGACUCUGGGACCAUCAAUCCUGGCAGGGCUGGCUGUGAUGAUUAUAUUGAUACCGGUGAAUGCUGUAAUUGCCAAUAAAGUGAAACAGUUCCAGGUGCAGCAGAUGAAUCUGAAAGACAAGAGGAUUAAGAUGAUGAAUGAAAUACUGAAUGGAAUAAAGGUGUUGAAGCUGUAUGCCUGGGAGGCAUCCUUUGAAAAGAAGGUGCUAGAUAUCAGGAAUAAAGAACUUGCUGUACUCAAGAAAAUGUCCUAUCUCAAUGCUUGUACAACAUUUACCUGGACCGUGGCUCCAGUAGCUGUAUGUUUGGUGACAUUUGCUGUGUAUGUGCUGGUUGAUGUCAACAACAUCCUCGAUGCAGAGAAAGCUUUUGUUUCCCUCUCUCUCUUCAACAUCCUGAGGUUCCCCCUGUCCAUGUUACCCAUGGUGAUAUCAAACAUUGUACAGGUGAGGGUAUCACUGUCACGUCUUCGCAGCUUCCUUGGAAAUGAUGAACUUGACCCAAAUGCUGUAAAACGAGACCCUGAUGCAAAACAUGCUUUCAGUAUAAAAAAUGGAUGCUUUGCUUGGGACUCGGCGGCAGGCACUACCUUGAAAAAUAUAAACCUUGAGGUUGAAGAGGGGAGUUUGAUUGCAGUGGUAGGGACAGUAGGAACAGGAAAGUCUUCCUUGUUACAGGCUGUGCUUGGAGAAAUGGAGAAGGUUAAAGGAGAAGUCACUGUCAAGGGAUCAAUAGCGUAUGUUUCACAGCAAGCAUGGAUACAGAAUGCCACACUGCAGGACAAUAUCCUGUUUGGUAAAUCAGCAGAUGUGACCAGGUACCGCGGUGUGAUAGAAGCAUGUGCUUUACAGCCUGACCUUGAGAUCAUGCCAGCUGGUGACCAGACAGAAAUAGGAGAAAAGGGUAUCAACUUGUCAGGAGGUCAGAAACAGCGUGUCAGUUUGGCUAGAGCUGUGUACCAGGAUAGAGAUCUCUAUUUAUUUGAUGAUCCAUUGAGUGCAGUAGACUCGCAUGUUGGAAAGCACAUAUUUGAGAAUGUCAUUGGACCUGAGGGUCUGUUGAAAGGAAAGACAAGAGUACUGGUGACUCAUGGUGUAGGUUUUCUGCCAUAUGUGGACACUAUAGUUGUACUUGCGGAUGGUCAGGUAUCAGAGAUGGGUUCAUACAAGCAGCUACUUGACCAUGAUGGUGCAUUUGCCCAAUUCCUGAAGAACUACCUUUCCGAAGAAUUGCAGAAAGAAAACGCUGAAGAUAUGGAAUUAGAUGUGGAGACCAUCUCACAGAUAGGAACUUUUGUUGGCAAGAGUGCAGCAUUACAGAAACAAGUGUCUGUGCUGUCUGAACGUAUGCGGAAUAUAUCAGAGGCUGUGUCAACACCACCAGGUACACCAGAUUUGUCUCGUAAAGCUGCAUCUCCGGAUUCUCCAAACUUGAACAAGAAUGCUUCAGGAAGUCAGCCACAUCUUGCUUCCCAGAAAUCGUUACAUGAAGUACCUAAUGGCAUUGAAAAGAAGGCAGAAAACAAGAAAGAGGAGGAGAAGAAACUUAUAGAAGCUGAGAAAAUGGAAACUGAGAGAGUGAAACUUGGUGUAUUCGCAGCCUAUGUAAAGUCUGUAGGUGUGAUACUCAGCGUGCUGACUGUGUUGUUUUACAUACUAUACAAUGCAGCCAACUUGUAUUCAAACAUCUGGCUCAGUGAUUGGAGUAAUGACGCCACAAACUACGACCUGACUGGUAACUUCACAGUGGACACUAAACAAAGGGAUCUUCGCCUAGGCAUCUAUGGCUUGCUUGGAUUUAUACAAGGUGUGUUUAUUUUGGCUGCAAGUAUUUCAUUAUUUAUCGGCAACGUUAGAGCUGGGCGGAGAAUUCAUUCGUGGAUUUUAAGAAACAUAGUUGCCUCCCCUAUGUCCUUUUUCGACACAACACCAGGGGGAAGAAUAUUGAACAGAUUCAGUAAAGAUAUAGACGUUAUAGAUACACUGAUAGCGGUCAACUUCCAGGCAUGGAUUACUUGUCUUCUACGUGUGCUCUGUGUACCCGUUGUGAUAGGAUAUAGCACCCCUCUAUUUCUGACAGUGUUUGUGCCCAUAGUCAUUCUCUACCUGGUUAUUCAGCGCUUCUAUGUGGCAACGUCCCGCCAGCUUAAACGACUCGAGUCAGUGAGUAGAUCUCCAAUCUACUCCCAUUUUGGGGAGACGGUUACGGGAGUGACAACUGUGCGAGCAUAUAGACAACAGGAACGGUUUAUAGAAACUUCUGACAAUAAAGUGGAUGCUAACUUGGAAUGCCAUUAUCCCACUAUUAUAUCUAACAGGUGGUUAGCCAUUCGUUUGGAAUUUGUUGGGAACUGUAUUCUGUUUUUUGCUGCACUGUUUGCCGUCAUUGCACGAGAUUCACUGUCCCCUGGUAUUGUGGGUCUCUCAAUCACAUAUGCUCUAAAUGUGACUCAGACCUUGAACUGGAUGGUGCGUAUGACCACAGAAUUGGAGACGAACAUCGUAGCUGUGGAGAGAGUGAAAGAAUAUUCUGAAACACCCACAGAGGCUGCCUGGGAAAUUGCUGAGAAACGUCCAUCUGAAAGUUGGCCUGAUAAUGGACAGGUGAAGUUUGAGAACUACGGGACUAGAUAUAGGGAGGGAUUAGAUCUGGUUAUUAAAGGAAUUGACUGUACUGUCAAUCCAGGAGAAAAAGUUGGUAUAGUUGGACGUACGGGUGCUGGAAAGUCUUCCCUUACUCUUGCUUUGUUCCGUAUCAUAGAACCUGCACAGGGACGCAUCAUUAUAGACGGUGUGGAUAUUGGGGAAAUAGGUCUACAUGAUCUACGUAGUAAACUUACAAUUAUACCACAGGAACCAGUUUUAUUCUCUGGUACACUGAGGAUGAAUCUUGAUCCAUUUGACCAGCAUACAGAUGAUGCUGUAUGGACAGCUUUAGAACAUGCUCACCUGAAAGCAUUUGUGUCCAGUCUACCUACAAAGUUAGAGUACGAGUGUACUGAGGGAGGAGAAAAUCUCAGUGUUGGACAACGGCAGCUGGUGUGUUUAGCAAGAGCUUUGUUACGGAAGACAAAAAUUCUGGUCCUGGACGAGGCGACUGCCGCAGUCGACCUGGAAACUGAUGAUCUGAUACAGCAUACUAUACGUACAGAAUUUAGUGAUGCCACUGUGCUUACAAUAGCUCAUAGACUUAACACUAUCAUGGACUACACUAGGGUAAUGGUGCUGGACCAGGGAAAUAUUCGGGAGUUCCAGAGUCCACAGGAGCUAUUACGGAAUAAAGAUAGUAUAUUUUAUGGUAUGGCUUCAGAUGCCGGCCUGGUCUGAUGAUAUAGGUGCUCUUAGAUUGUGUGGAUUGAUGGAAGUGUUAGUAUAACUGUAUUUAAGAAUGAAGAGGCAACCUCGAGUGUUUUAGAAUACAUUGGUGACAGUACACAAAAAUUAUAAAGCUGCCAGAGUUCACAAACAUGGUUUUAUAGAAAUGCUUCAAAUUAAAAUGGACCAUUUGACAACUAAAUUCAGGUGAAGAUACGUAUACUUUGUAUCUAUAGUAAAACAAGGAUCACUCAAGGUGACAAUUGGAAGAGUUAAAUACUGGAGUUACCCAGAGUUUCCAGUUCAAACAUAGAGAAUAUAGGGGAAGUGACCAGGAACCUAAUGAAUGGCUUGAGCAAGCCCUCAUACGUGAGAGGGCUGUGUUACACUGUACAUUAAAUAGCUGUUGCUUCAUUUUGAAAUUACAGAAAUGAUUGUUUUUUUGUGAUCGCUCAAUGUCUGGCAUGUGUCUGUCAACAUUUUGCUUGUGUAUGCGAUAGAGGCUGUAUUUAUCAAUAGAUCUUCAUGAAAUUUGGUCAGAAUGAUUACCUUGAUAAAAUCUAGGUCAAGUUUGAAUAUCGGUCAUCUGGGAUCAAAAACUAGGUCACUAGGUCAAAUCAAAGACAAUACUUUGACCGCCUCGAUAGCCUAGUGGUAGAGCGUCCGCUUCGAGUGCGGGAGGUCGUGGGUUCGAUCCCCGGCUGCAUCAUACCAGAGACGUAAAAAAUGGUACCAGUGGCUCCCUUGCUUGGCACUCAGCAUUAAAAGGACAGAAACUGGCCUCUUCUCUCAUACCCUCAUGGCGAUGGAUUCCAUCAGGAAUGAGGUGUCGAGAGUGAUUAAUAUAAGUUGUAGAACUUCUUUCACAAUCGACCUAAAAUAAGUUAUGUAUAAACUAAAGACAAUACUUGUUUAAACUGAAGAGACCACAUUUUUUGGUUAUAUAGGAAAAAAUACUUUAAAAAUUAUCAGAUCAUAUUUCCUAGACUGUUUAAUUAUAAUUACCUGAUGACCCCAAGUGAUUAGGGGUCACUUGACUGUGACCUUGACUUACUGACCUACUUUCUUGUUUUUAGCACACCUGUCAAAUAGUGACAGGGUGAGCUUUUGUGAUCGCCCUUCGUCCGUCGUCCAUCCACAAUUUCUUCUGAACAAGAUAGAGACCACAUUUUGCAAGCAAUUUUGAUCAAACUUGUACAAAACUUGUAUUGGCAUGAUAUCUGAGUUCCUUUCAAAAACUGGCCAGAUCCCAUCAUGGGUUCUAGAGUUAUUGCCCCUUAACCCUUUACUCCAUAGAUACUCCUUUUAACGCAUCUAUGCAUUACUCCAUAGAUACUCCUUUUAACGCAUCUAUGCAUUACUCCAUAGAUACUCCUUUUAUCGCAUUCUACUACACUGAUAAUUUAAAUGCAAAAUACCAAUAAAAUAUAUUGGCAAUGAAGCCCACAAAAGCAUAUUUGUGAAGUUUAAACUGUUAAUUAAAAGAUCAGUUUCAGAAAAA